AUGAAAUAUCUAGGCAUCAUUCUUUUUCACGUUCUCACGUUUCUUCCCCUAUCAGUUCCCUCUCAAGAGCGAAACUCAUUUCCAACAGAAUGCCUAACUAGAGAAGACUGUUAUUGUGAUUUCAAGUGUCGAGAAAAGGGUGAUUGCUGUACGUCUGUAAAUGGAUCUCAACCUGUCAUCGCCUCCAACCGGCCUUUCUUUAAACCAGUUUGCUUUAGUUAUGAAAAAGAGUUUACCGAGGUCGAUAUUAUAUCUUACGGUCUCCCAACUUAUGCUGCGGUCACAUGUCCAGAUAAUGAAGGAAUUAGUGAAGGCAUCAAGACUCGUUGCAACGAAGGUAGUUGGAGUUUCUUGAACGAUAUGGAACAAAAUAAACUACUCUGGCUAUCGGAAAACUUGCGUUCGGUUGUCCCUGUGAUUGGUUAUGAAGACGGAAUGGUUUACGCAAAUGUCUAUUGUGCCAUGUGUAAUGGAUUGGAAAGGAAUCAGGUUCAUUUUCCUCAAAUAGAGAUAGGCUGUAGAAAGGACGAAAAUGGAACAAGUUGCUUGAUAAAUCCAAAGAUACCGAAUAGUAUGACACGGCCUUGUUUUGGAAAAGGUCAACACAUGUUGGCCAUGCAAAGAGAAUUUUUGAGCAUGGAAAAUAUAUUUGUAAUUCCUGAAGAGUACCUCAGUGAUGGCUACAUCAAACUACCCUUUGUCACCCCGCAAGAGUCAGAAAACGAAACAAAACAAAUCACUGGACCUGAGUACGGAGUGAAUGAAGCUUACAUGUGGUUACAGAUCAUCCUUCUUGUCUUUUCAAUGACUGGUCUCACUCUCAUGCUAGUGGUGUAUGGUUUGAACUCAUUGCUGAGACGUUCAUUGGGUGGUCUACUAACAAUGGGACUGGGAGGAACUUUGUUAGCAAUGGAGAUAUCGUUCCUGAUUGUGGCAUUUGGUGUUCCAAGAGCAGAAAAUCGUGGAGUUUGUGUUUUCAUGGCAGGUGUUCUACUGUUUUUACUUCUCAGUAGUUUCAUGUGGAUGACGCUUCUUGCCUUUCAACUUCUCUUGACAUUUGGUGAUUGCAAGACAUGUUUUCCUAUCGUUUGGAAGUAUAUUAUUUGCCGGCGUGGAGAUGUUGGUUCUGUAUCAGUGUACUCACAAGGUCGUCGUACGAUCAGUCCAAAGAAACGAUUUCUGCAAUAUGCCCCACCAGCUGUCAUAUUUCCUCUCUGCAUGUCUUCUCUUGCUGUAUUGGUGAACGAGAAAGCCUUCAAUCAAUUAGCUCCAAUCUACACACAGCUAUCUACUCCAUCACCAUCCAAAACACUGGAUGAGGCUGAUUUAAAAGCAAUGCAAUCUGGUGUAUUUGAAAACAUCACUCGAGUAGAAGUACUUGGGUCCUGUCUGUCUAUCAUUGAUCCUGGUUUCUGUCCGGAUUCGGCUCGAGCUUGGUUCACGAAUUUUGGUGGAUUGUGUGUUUGGUUCCUAGUGCCUGUGGGUACAGUCAUUAGCUUCAAUAUUGUGGCUGUGAUUGUGGUGUGUAUACAAAUCUGUCGAUUGUCCAAGGAGGCGCAGAUCAGAUGCUCACCAGAAAAUGAGGAGGAGAAGAAGAGACGAGAGAAAAGGAAGAACCUGGUUGGAAUCUGUGGCAAACUUGCAAUCAUACUGGGUGUUAGUUGGUUUGUGCAAAUGUUGGCUGGAUGGUUGCCACAUUCACUGAUAAUGAGACGAAUUCUUGCUCUAGUGAACUGUGCUCAGGGAGGUGUAAUAGCUCUCUCGAUGCUGAUGAGUGUAAAAGCCAGACGAGCUAUAGCAAACAUGUUGCCAGAAUCGUUUCGUGGAUACAUUGCUCCAUUAUCUGUGUCACACUCGAAAGACAGAGAAACAUCGAGUUCUUCGAAAACGUGGUCUUCAGUUCUUCUUCCCAAGAGAAUGCGACCAAACCACAAAAGUGUCGAUGAAUCGAUUCUCACUCAUGAGCAAAACUCAUUUCCAACAGAAUGUCUAACUAGAGAAGACUGUUAUUGUGAUUUCAAGUGUCGAGAAAAGGGUGAUUGCUGUACGUCUGUAAAUGGAUCUCAACCUGUCAUCGCCUCCAACCGGCCUUUCUUUAAACCAGUUUGCUUUAGUUAUGAAAAAGAGUUUACCGAGGUCGAUAUUAUAUCUUACGGUCUCCCAACUUAUGCUGCGGUCACAUGUCCAGAUAAUGAAGGAAUGAGUGAAGACCUCAAGGAUCGCUGCAACGAAGCCAAUCUGCAUUUGAUGAACAAUGAAGAUCAAAAUAAACUACUCUGGCUAUCGGAAAACUUGCGUUUGGUUGUCCCUGUGAUUGGUUAUGAAGACAGAAUGGUUUACGCAAAUGUCUAUUGUGCCAUGUGUAAUGGAUUGGAAAGGAAUCAGGUUCAUUUUCCUCAAAUAGAGAUAGGCUGUAGGAAGGACGAAAAUGGAACAAGUUGCUUGAUGAGUCCAAAGAUACCGAAUAGUAUGACACGGCCUUGUUUCAGAAGAGGUCAACGAAUUUUGGCCAUGAAAAGAGAAUUUUUGAGCAUGGAAAAUAUAUUUGUAAUUCCUGAAGAGUACCUCAGUGAUGGCUACAUCAAACUACCCUUUGUCACCCCGCAAGAGUCAGAAAACGAAACAAAACAAAUCACUGGACCUGAGUACGGAGUGAAUGAAGCUUACAUGUGGUUACAGAUCAUCCUUCUUGUCUUUUCAAUGACUGGUCUCACUCUCAUGCUAGUGGUGUAUGGUUUGAACUCAUUGCUGAGACGUUCAUUGGGUGGUCUACUAACAAUGGGACUGGGAGGAACUUUGUUAGCAAUGGAGAUAUCGUUCUUGAUUGUGGCAUUUGGUGUUCCAAGAGCAGAAAAUCGUGGAGUUUGUGUUUUCAUGGCAGGUGUUCUACUGUUUUCACUUCUCAGUAGUUUCAUGUGGAUGAUGCUUCUUGCCUUUCAACUUCUCUUGACAUUCGGUGAUUGCAAGGCAUGUUUUCCAGUCUUUUGGAAGUUUUUUACUUGCCAAGGUGGGAAAAUUCGAUCUGUAUCAGUGUACUCACAAGGUCGUCGUACGAUCAGUCCAAAGAAACGAUUUCUGCAAUAUGCCCCACCAGCUGUCAUAUUUCCUCUCUGCAUGUCUUCUCUUGCUGUAUUGGUGAACGAGAAAGCCUUCAAUCAAUUAGCUCCAAUCUACACACAGCUAUCUACUCCAUCACCAUCCAAAACACUGGAUGAGGCUGAUUUAAAAGCAAUGCAAUCUGGUGUAUUUGAAAACAUCACUCGAAUAGAAGUACUUGGGUCCUGUCUGUCUAUCAUUGAUCCUGGUUUCUGUCCGGAUUCGGCUCGAGCUUGGUUCACGAAUUUUGGUGGAUUGUGUGUUUGGUUCCUAGUGCCUGUGGGUACAGUCAUUAGCUUCAAUAUUGUGGCUGUGAUUGUGGUGUGUAUACAAAUCUGUCGAUUGUCCAAGGAGGCGCAGAUCAGAUGCUCACCAGAAAAUGAGGAGGAGAAGAAGAGACGAGAGAAAAGGAAGAACCUGGUUGGAAUCUGUGGCAAACUUGCAAUCAUACUGGGUGUUAGUUGGGAGGUGUAA